AUGGUGGCGAUUGUUAUAUGCACUUAUGAAGGUCGAUUGGUAAAGUCCAUCAAUUUAAUAGUUUCCCACCAAAUAUUCGAUGACAAUUUUUGGAUUUAUUUAAGUUUCAAUGCUCCUAUACAGGAACUAUCAGACUCAUCUCUUAAAGACAACUUAUAUAGCCUAAUCAGAGGUGUUUUCAAACAUAAGUUGGUGUCAAAUAGAAGAAGAAAUAAGGGAAAAAUCUUACUAAUGGUUGCAGCCAAGAAAAAAAACAACAAAAAAUGCCUAGCAAAGUCUCAUAACAGAAGGUACUGGAUCAAUGGUUGCAGAGACUCCGAGUGUUUACCUAUAUUUUUUUAUAAAAAGAAAUAUCCUUGUGGUAGGAUGAUGCUACUCCACUUCAAUAUGUUGUUAAAGUGUUAG